CUGAUGCAUCAUGUGAAUCGUACUUUACCCAGGACCGUCCGCUAGUCUGUUGUGAAGAAGCGAUCUUUUUGAUUUUCUCUCUGUAGGCAAUUCCAACACAAUAGUAUUGCAAGGUGGUAGAAAUUGCAUCACUUUUUCCGCACAUACUCUUCUCAUACACACUUUGCAUCGAAGAUCGAAGUGGAUCACAGCAUCCAUAGAAACGUGCAGUUUAUCAGUUUCAUCGUCGUAGCGAACAGUAUAUUGUCCUAAAAUGUUGAAUAGUGUAUUUCAGUCGGGCACAAUGGUUAACUCUCCCCAUAUCGAAGAAGGCAGUGGCGACAAGCUAGCUCGCAAGGCGCGUGAAUCACCUUUCAUGCCAAUCGGGUUGGCCGGUUUGGCACUUGUUUGUGGGAUCGGUGCGUAUAAGUACAAAACUCGAGGCGCUAUGUCCACGUCGGUGUUUCUAAUGCAGCUUCGUGUUGCGGCCCAGGGUACAGUAGUAGGUGCCCUGACGUUAGGGUUGGCAUACACUAUGGCUAAUGAGUACUUGUUCAAAAAGAAAGACGAAGAAUAGAAAGAAUGAUAUAUGCCGUGCGUCGUGUGGAUUUAACCUGAUUAGAAGUUAAGUAAUGGAUAGCUUAGCGACAUAAGUAUUAUUCCAUUGCGAAUUAUGUAACAUAUUUAUAUGUACAAGUGGCGACAAUUUAGCAGGUGACUCGUGAUCUUUCAACCUCAACUGUGAUUGUUAAGCUCGGGUACUGGAAAUGGAAAGAAAGGAUUUGCACAUGCUGUAGGACAACCUCAGUCCAAAAGAGAAAAAUAGUUUGUCACUAGAAACUGCAGAAGAAUAGUUCUAUUUCACAUAGUAAGAUCAUGAAGAAUCAAGUGAACAUCCUAAAGGUGAAGAAUGUAUAUGUGUAAAGUAAAAGUUUGGCAGGCCGGUCACAACCGUCACGAUGAGUCAGCAAAAAGCUCAAAGUUACGAAUUACAACUCCGAAAGAUAUGAAGUUCAAUAAGGCCUGAAAAGAUAUUUUAGCACCUCAAACUACUGUCAAAGAUUAAUUCUAAGGAUCAUUAAUAAUCAAGAAAAUAAAAAAAAUGUUCUAAAUAGAAUUUUGUUAUUAGAUCA